CUCCAUCAUUUCCAAUAUUCCAGUGUAGGAGAAGCAGCAGAGGCACAGAACUAAUGGGAACCAUGGGAAAACCACUACCCAACUGUGUUUGGGAACCAAAAUGGUGAACAGAUUUGCCAUGUACAACUGAGGGACUGGUUUCUGCCCAGUGAAGGUCAAAUGUUGGAAAAUUAAUAGAAAAAGACUGUUCUUUAAAAGCACAGCACACGUCCACUCCUGAUCCCCCCCUACCCUUCCUUUUUUAGCCAGUCGGAUGGCUCAGAACACGAUUCAGCAAUGGAAGUCCACACUUCAUUCAGUACUGUAACUAUGAAGCAGCUCAAAGGGUAGGGUCUGCUGUGAGCUUGCCUCACUACCCUCCCACCACCCCAUCAGCUCCACCUGAGAGCAGAAUCCCACAGUGAAGCGAACACCCACCCUCUUAACAACCCCCACGGCUUCAAAAGGCAGAAGAUGAUGCACAUUGCGAAGACAUUGGUUCAUGUUUGAUACAUAUACCUCUGAGGCGUCAAGCGUAAAUCCAGUGGAGCAAUGAAUGGCGGAAAGGACUGUGAGGCGGGAGACGAGAGGCAGGCUGUCCCUGUCCAGGUCCCCAUUGGCUGGCAGCGCAAGGCGGAGCAUGGUGGAUGUGUCCUGUAUGUAAGUCCCAGUGGCUCUGUGCUGUCCAGUUUGGAGCAGGUGAAAACCUACCUGCUGACAGAUGGAACGUGCAAAUGUGGUCUGGAGUGCCCACUCAUCCUUCACAAGGUGUUCAACUUCGACCCCGGAGCAGCUGUCAAACAGAGGACGGCGGAGGAUGUGAAAGCAGACGAAGACGUGACCAAACUCUGCAUUCACAAGAGGAAGCUUCUGGCUGUGGCCACGCUGCACAAGAGCAUGGAGACACACCCGCCUCUGUCGCUGACCAGUUCAGGAGGAGGUAAACCGUCUGUGGCUGCUGUGCAUUCUACAACUCAACGAGCAAUAAGGACUAAACCCCACGAAGGUCUGCCCAGUAUUGUUGGCCCCGAGUGCAAAAAUCCAUUCAAGAUGAUGAUGGCAGCCGGACCACAGCAGCAGAGGUUGUAUCCACUGCAGGAAGUGGGUGGAGCUCAACAGCCUGAGGUCUACUCCGGAUACCCCAGAACACAAAGGCUGGGCAGCGGGGAUCCUGGAACUAAAUCCCCCAACCGGGCCGUGUAUGGAGGCAUGUUGAGUCCAUCUCCCUCUGGUGCUAAACUAUAUGGAGAUGGCUCUCAGUCGCCCAGUGCGGACACUCUGGGCAGCCCUGAGGGUUUUCAAAGGACCAAUCCUUGUGGAUUUACAGGAGCUGGUAGUCCUGGCUCUGCCUCCAUCCAUGGAAACACCCGGACACCUCUGUCUCCACCAAGUGUUGUGCUCCACAUUUCUCCUGCAGGCCAACCAUCCUGCGCCAUGACAGGAAGGACUAGCACACCCCUUUCCCCUACGGCCACUGCCAAAAGCCCUGUCAUGAACAUGAACCUGCCGCGGGGGAACUUCCCUCCUGGUAUGGAUUUGCCUCGUGCAGGAUUUCACCAUAAACUUCAGCCCCCUGUGCAUCCUAUACCACCACCCUGUGCUCUUCAGAAAAGGCAGAUGACCUCUGAAAAGGACCCCUUAGGCAUCCUUGACCCCAUCCCUAGCAAACUGGUCAGCCAGCCCCCCAACAGUGGCCCUAACCCUUCCAACUUCCAGCCCAACAUCCACACUCAGGUACCAAUGAUGAAUGUAAACAUACCCCCUCCUGCCAUUGUUCCCUUGCCAAGCAACUUACCUUUACCCACAGUGAAGCCUGGACCUGUGGGGCAUGGUGGUAAUGUGCAAAGGACUCAGCAGGUAGGUCCUGCGUCCUCCAUGUCCCCUUCCCCUGUCACAUCCCCUGUUCACAUGACCGGCCCUGUGCUUGGAAGAAUGGAGGCCUCACCUCAUCGCUCACGUUCGUCCUCCACCUCCUCUGACCACGGAAACUUUGCUGCCCCUUCUGGGCAUCAAACCCAAUGUGGCACCAUGAAGAUCCCCCCUCGGUCUCCCAGGUCGGCUAUGGGGUCUCCCAGGCCAGCCAUGCCCUCUAGCCCUUCCACCAACAAAACGGACCCGCUCCACCAGUACAAAGAAUCCCAGCUGCUGCCUGGAAUGGGAAACUCAGUCAACACCCAUCAACACAGCAACCCCUUAUAUUCACCCACCUCUUCCUCCUCGUCCUCUCUGCCGACUUCCAGUGCUUCCCAGAAGGGCCACUCUGGACUCCUUGGGAUGCCCCUGAACCAGAUCCUCAACCAACAAAAUGCCGCUUCCUUCCCUGCCAGCAGCCUCCUCUCAGCCGCAGCCAAAGCACAGCUAGCAAAUCAAAACAAACUCAGCACUGCUGGCAGCAGCCCUGCCGGCGUGGCUGCUGGUGGGGUUGGAGUGUCCGGCAUGGGGGCAGCUGGUGGAGGUAAUGCUGGGAGUGUUGGGCACCCGGGCUCCAUAAGUGGCCCUCGAGGCAUGGAGGGACACAGCACUUUAAACCCCAUGCUCCCGCCACACUCCACCAUGCUGCUGAACAGUCCCGAGGGUCAGAGCGGCCGCGCAGCACUUCGAGACAAGCUCAUGGCCCAGCAGAGGGACCCCGCACGUAAACGUAAACAGUCCUCUGGCAGCACCGUUAACCACGACAGCAACAACACUAUGGUCUUUAGCAUGCUUAGCAAACCAGGCUUGGGGGGCCCUCACAUGCAGGGUCCCAGUGCCACCGAGCAGCUGAGAAAAGUGGGACGAAUUGGAAACCUGCACCCAAACACCUCCAUGGCACAGCUUCUUCAGUCCAUGAGCUGCCAGAGCUCCCAUAACCUGGCUGGAACUAGCCACCGUCCUGGACUUAACUCUAACCCUGGAACUCCAGCACAGCUUCAUUACAAUGACAACACAGGCACGCUCCCUCAACAGAACAUCCUGGUUCAGCAGAGGCUGCAGGGUCCAGGAGAGGCCAUGCAGCACUGUCAGAGCAUGGACUAUUUGGUGUCCCGCACCAGCCAGUUCCCUGACAUGAUGGCUCAGAUGCAGAUGAACAACUGUGGCCCGAUGGGACCAGGCGGUGGACCUGUAGGACCUGACAGCAUGCCCCUGGUACGCACCAACACUAAUCCCCCACCACUGUCACAUCCUGGCCCCCACCCUUCACAGCUCCACAGUAUGAGCCGGACCAACAUGGUGAUAACACAUUCAAGCGGCGAUGGAGGCUGUAACCAGACCGUCUCUGAUACAGGCUGUGGAAUGGGCUCAUUACAGCCACAUGUAAACGCUGGCGGAGGUCAGAUGUACCAGCAGCAGAUCCACCAGGGGAUGUCCUCACACCCGUCUUAUCAAGGGCAGCAGCACUUCUCUGAAAACCCACCUUACAAAGAUGGAAACACUGCUGGCUCAAUGGCCUGCCUCUACCAGAACUACCAGCAAGGGAUGAUGUCGCACCCACAGUUUGGCGAGGAGCAACAGUCCCAAAGUGAAGGACUUCCAGUAGGACCACCUGGAUCUGACAGGGGCCCCAACGGAGGGCCAGAGGUGGUGGAUGCCAUCUACAGAGCUGUGGUGGAUGCUGCCAGUAAAGGCAUGCAUGUUACCAUCACCACCACCGUGAGUGGGACCACACAGGCAAGUCCAGUGCCCGCCCUCAGCGCCAUGAGUGCCUUCACUGCCACCCUUGGGGAACCCGUCAACCUCCCCCAAGCAGUCAGUGCAGUUCUGCAUGGGCACCAGGAAGGAGAGGCCAGACCACGGCAAAUGAGGCCAGGACGGGGACAGAAGACCAUGGAUCCAGGAAAGAGCACUCCAGAUGGUCCUGAGGCCAACGACUACUUUCGGUCCCCUGGUCGAGGAACUCCAAGAGGGCAGUGGGAUGGGGAGACACAACAUGGGGGAGGAUUCGACACACAGAGCAACAACAACGCCUGGGGUGGGGAGGAGUUUCUGGAGUGCUCUACCCAGGUAAGAAGUAGUCCCUGCAUGGAAAGACCUGCCAGUCUGGCCCCUGCCCCACCUUGUUCCACUGAGGGCUCCAACAACCACAGCCUGUCCGUGGCCCACGAUAAGACCUACCUGGACGAUGGUUACCGCUUCAACAACUGCAGCCGGACACCCGCCAACUACAAGGAGCGUCUGGAGCAAACAGUGGAGCGUUGCGCCCAUAUCAACGGAGUCACCCCCCACUUCAACAGCCGGGGCUUUGGAGAAGUCCUAGGCCCCCCACGGCAGGAGCUAACCGGAGACGACCAGUCUCCCAGUUCCUCCACCAGCCUGGAAGGGCCUCUGGCCACUCCCAAAGACUACAGCCACUACAACGGUCAUUUCAACGGCAUGGCCCCUAGCCCCUCUGACACGAAGAGCCUCAGCAGCGAGGAAGACCUGCGGCAGCCAGACUCCCCCUCAUCAGAGCUGCUCCACUACCGCUCAAGAACCUUCAAUAUGGGGGAGCUGGUCUGGGGCCAGCUGAAGGGCUUUCCACCCUGGCCCGCCAAGCUGGCUGGGGAUGAACAGGUGCACUGUGCUGCUGUGCAACUGAGAGAGCAGGCUAAGGUAGAGCCUGAAAAAUUAAAAACACUAACACACGACUUGGAGGCAUUGGACCGAGCCGCCAAAAGAGGCCUGAAACAGGGGAAACUGAAUAAUAAUCCCCUAAAAGCUGCUCUCCACGAGGCCAUGAGUGAGCUUGAUAAGAUGUCGGGUGCACUUCCGACAAGAGAUCGUCAGCUGAUGCUCCCCAAGCCCAAGAGGAGGAAGAUCUCCAGAUAACAUUGAAUGUGUCGGCCCAGGAACGACCUCAAAGCCGUCGGAGGCUCGGUCCAUUCGGCCUUGAGGCGGUCCGAGCUCUCUAACAGGUGCUACACAAGGACUGUCAGCGGUUCCUCGUUGUUCCACGAUAUCAACUUGACUUUAUGACUGACCACAAAAGGUGCUGGAAACUCCAAUCACCAAUACAGUUUUAACUGUAGGACAAAAAACAGAAAAAUACAAAAAAAAAAAAACAUCAAACAGUUGCAAUUUGUCUACAGCUCAUUGAAUUCACUAUUUUUUUCUAGUAUAAGAUAGUAAAAUAAACAAAAAAAAAAGCUACAAGCGUUACCUUACAUAUUUAAGAAAAAUAGACAGUCCAAAUAUUUCUGAUACAUUUUCAAUAUGUACAUAGAUAAUCCUGAAAUUUCAUGCUAUUAUGAAUUGUAUGUAAAUAUUGUACAAUGCCAUGUACAAGCAUACUUAAUGCACAUUUUAUCUUUUAUUGUACAAAAACAAAGCAGUAGAAGUGUACCAAUGUCUGGGUUUCUAUUGAGAGGUGUGGCUGCGUACGGCCGCAUGCAUAGGACAAAUAAUACAGCCUAAAGCUUUUAUAUGACAGACUGUAAGUCGUGCUGUUUUUCUUCGGUUGGUUGGUUCUUUUCUAAAGGAACGAUCAUGGAAAAGGCAUGACGAGUAUUUGAGAACUCCAUUACAGUUUUCACUUCACGCCAGCUGAGUGUUUGUUUCUUACUGGGGAGAAAAAGUUGAAAAAAAAACAAAAAACAGAAUGAACUUUACCAGCAGAAAGUGUUCAGUGUUGUGAGUCUUCAUCACUCCACCAGCCGCCUCUUUUCAACAGGAAAAAUCAGGAUAUUUACGAGUCGAACGAGACGGUUUGAUGUACAACGGUAUGCUCGGGCCGCUCAGAAGAAAAAAAAAAAA